GUACAAGUCUCGUGGGUAGCGGAUGCCAGCAAAGAUUUCGCAAAACUCGUUCGUCGCGACGCGUGCUUAGCAGAUUUUUAAUUCCCACAUCGAAGCGAUCAGCGACUAUAUAAUCGUAUUUGUGGGAGCAAGAGUCCAACAAGAAUUUAAAAAUGGCAGCCGUCAACGCAACGCAGGUGGACUAUUGGAACUUUCUGUUCACCGAUCUGGCAGAUCCACGCACCAAUGACUGGUUCCUGAUCAAGUCACCACUGCCCCUGCUGGGCAUCCUUGCCUUCUACCUCUUCUUUGUGCUCUCCUGGGGCCCCAAGUUCAUGAAGGAUCGCAAGCCCUUCAAGCUGGAACGCACCCUGCUCGUCUACAACUUCUUCCAGGUGGCCCUCAGCGUUUGGAUGGUGUACGAGGGUGUGGUCAUCUGGCGGUACUACAGCUGGCGGUGCCAGCCGGUGGACUGGUCCCGCACCCCCAAGGCAUAUCGUGAGGCGCGCGUGGUCUAUGUUUACUAUCUGGCCAAGAUAACCGAGCUGCUGGACACCAUAUUCUUUGUGCUGCGCAAGAAUGACCGCCAGGUGACCUUCCUGCAUGUGUAUCACCACACCGUGAUGCCCAUGAUCAGCUGGGGCACCAGCAAGUACUAUCCCGGCGGACACGGCACCUUCAUUGGCUGGAUCAACUCGUUUGUGCACAUCAUCAUGUACUCGUACUACUUCCUCUCCGCCUUCGGACCCCAGAUGCAGAAGUACCUGUGGUGGAAGAAGUACAUCACCAACCUCCAGAUGAUUCAGUUCUGCUGCGCCUUCAUCCACCAGACUCAGCUCCUGUACACGGACUGCGGCUAUCCCCGGUGGUCGGUGUGCUUCACCCUGCCCAAUGCCGUCUUCUUCUACUUCCUGUUCAAUGACUUCUACCAAAAGUCCUACAAGAAGAAACAGGCGGCUGCCAAUGCCAAGGCUCUUACUGCGGACAAUAACAAUGAGAGCUGUGCCAAGGACCUCAACAAGGCUGUGGAGCAGCUGCAGGAGCAGAAGAAGAAGGCUUUGUAGGCUGUCACACCCACCAAUACCAUACCAGGCGCCCCCCUCAAUACUCGUACAAAGCGGGAAACCACUGAGAGCCACCACGUUCUAUGUGCAACUUUGUUGACUAAUUUCUUAAGCAAUCCGCCGCCAAAAAUCAGAAACGAGACACAAUAUAUAUACCAUGUAUUUGAGCAAACGAGGUUUCCCGGUCUUUAAGACUUGGAGACACCGAUACACACAUUAUGUAAAUGUUCAAACAGUUGAAAUUGCUUUUUGCAGCCAUCGUCAUCAUCGCUCGCUCCGUUUGAUGUUCGCAUCUGGCGGACAACAAAUGAAAGAAGUCGUAUGUCUUUCGGCCAAAACUGAACUAAGUUAAGUAAACAGGCAGAAGAAGCGUUAGUUGUGUAAAUAAGUGUAGGUACGCAUAUGAAUAUGAAUAUGUUUUCUUUAGAUUUUAUAUACUUGUGGUAUGUAAAGUAGGCAUAAGCAAAGUGAAAAAUAAUAGUAAAUAGCAAAUAGCAAACACCCAU